AACAGAGGAGAAAUGUCAUCACUCUGUUGCCCAAAACAGUUCAUUGCUGGCUUGGAUGCGGCUUCACUUUUCUGAAUUAUGCACAUUCAAGUCACUUAUUUAAAUAAUGACUCAUCUCCUGGGCCGUCAAGACUGCAUUGACAGUCUUCGAAGAGAUUUAAUUGAUCUGCAAGGGUCUGUUUUGGACGUUUUCUCUCGAACAGGACCUGUCAAGUGUCCAUCCUGGAAAUUUCCUGAUAAACUGUCCUGUAAUCUGGACCUUGUUUUGCUGUUGGAGAAGUAUGAUUUUGCUGAAGGAGAAGAUGAAUUCAACCAGCAUACACACAUAGUUUUGUUGGAACUAGUGAUUGACAGACUGAUGCUUCUGCUUCAGAGCUUCAGCGCUCACAUCGACAUCAUUCUGGGUGGAAAAGGAAAAUGCUCCGGCACCAGUCAAACAGCUCUGUCAGUGUCCAUCGGCCCAGUGGUUGCAAACUUCUGGAAUAACCUAGUGCAGCUGGGGAAAGAGUAUCCCCGGAAGAAUGUUCUGAAACCCAUGCCAGCAUCCAAAAGUGCCCAGAGCCAACUGCCGACCAGCAGAGACUCUCACCCACCCACCACUUCCACUUCCUCCUUCCAGGAUGGCAGCAGGGGCAAACACAACCCUUCUCCCGCCCGCCGCAGCCUCAGUAGCAUACCCCACCACAACACACCCAGACCCACAGCACCAUCCGCCAGCAGCAGCACCACCACCGCAUCCUCACUCACCCACCUCCAACUCAACCAGUCACACCCACACCUGCCAUCCCCCUCCUCCUCUUCCUCUCCCAGCCUAUCAGCUACCAGUACCCCCUCCUGCCUCUCCCCCUCCUCACACAUCGCACUACACACGUCCACUCCAAACAUCUCUGCCGACUGCCACAGCGUGGGUUGCCAGACGGUGGAGUCGUCUCUCGUGCCCUGCGACGCCUGCGCUGGCGUGCAGACCAGCCUGAGGGAGUCUGGCGUGGCGCUGGUGGGGCUGUGCGAGGCGCUGGGCAUGCCGUGCUCCCUGCGGCCCCUACUGGCAGUGGCGGAGGGCUCGGCGCUGGCUGGACGGCUCUCGGCAUGCGACGUGGCCCAGUGGGCGUCCGAGCAGAGGAAGGACUUGGGCCGCCUGGCCACGCACCACAACGAGGUCAGGGGCAUGCUGGAUGGACUGAAGGAGCGCGCCAAGAAGGCCGAGCAGGAGAAGGGGAUGCUUCAGGUGCAGAUGGAGGGGGAGACGAAAAGGAGGACGAGGGCAGAGGACGAGAGGAAGAGAGAGGGAGAAGAGUGGGAGCGAAGGAUGAGGGAGGAGAGGAGGAGGGCGGAUGAGGAGCGGGAAAGGCUGCAGGAAGAAGUGGAGGAACUGAAGAAAGGUGCUGCUGCAAUGGAGGGCAAUAUCACAGAGUUGAGUGCUCAACUGAACAUGCAGAGUGAUGUGCUUCACACAGUUGAGGCUGAGAAAGAUGCUCUGCAAGAGGAAGUGAUGAGUUAUCAGGCACAGGAAGUGACAUGGGCCGAGGGGGAAGAGAGGAGGCUUGCUCUGGAGGCCGAGCUCAGCAGUACUCGCCUGCUAUUGGACAAGGAGUGCGCCAAAUACCAGAGUGCAACACGCCAACAUGAAUCCCUGCAGGUGAAGCAGAGGGCGCUGUUGGAGCGUGUGGAUUCUCUGGUGUCUGAGUGUGAGGAGCUGCAGACCAGGCUGGAGGAGACUGAGGAGCUCACACACACCUCAGAGGAGAGAGACGCCCUACAGCAGCAACUCACACAGCAACAGGCUGUGUACGUGGAGCUGGAGGAGGAGAGGAGGCACCUGGCAGCCCAAGUGGCUGAGCUGGAGAGCACUGUGCUGGGCCUGAGAGGGGAGCUGAGGGAGGCUGACCACCGGGAGAGGAUGCUGGUGGCCUUCCCCGAGCUCAACCCCCUACCACAGGGGGCGCCACAGAGUACAGGUGACGUCCUGGGGGACAUGGAGCAGCAGCUGCAGGUGAACUGUCUGCGCAUCCGCGUGCUGGAGAAAGAGAACAGCACCUUGCAGACUAGCCUGGACAAGCUGAGAGAGAGAGGAAUUGCCCGGCACUUAGACCCCCACCAGCCUUCCCAGGUGAGGGGACACCAACUAGGGGACACCAACCAGGGGCCUCAUUUACUGUUUUAG